GUUUCCCGUUUUCUGGCCAGGAAAUUUAUCAGCGGAGAUAAAAACUGAACUCUGACACUCACACACACUCACACACACACACUCUCUCUCUCUCUCUGUCUCACACACACACACACACACACACACACAGGCUCUAGUUUAAACAGAUCUAUAGUUUAUUAAAGUAAGGGCUUGAGGAAAGCUAACGGCGCUAACGGGAGCGCGCGCAUUCAUCUGAGGUUUAGCUGAAAACUGCCGAGAUUCUGACUGAAAAAGGCGAAAGAAAAGUACAAUGUCAGGAGAUAAGAGAGACAGAGAGAGAAAGGAAGAUGAUUUUGUGGAGGAAGACACCCUUUCACUGGUUGAUCUUCACUGGUCUGUACCAUCCUCUCCCUUUCCACAUGAUCUGUGUGGUAGACAGAAGUCUGUCUCUCUCCCCCCACCACUGGCCUCUCUGCACACAUCCAUGGACGGAAAGUACAAAGACAUUGCAGAGGAGCUGUUGGCCCGCUCCUUGGUGGACGGUGAAGUGCGGAGCGCUCCAUAUGAGUUUCCAGAGGACACACCCAUCGAGCAGCUAGAGGAGAAACGGCACCGACUGGAGAGACAGAUCAGCCAAGACAUCAAGCUUGAGCCAGAGAUUCUGCUGAGAGCCAAACAGGACUUCCUGAAAACUGACAGCAUCGCUGACCUGCAGAAUCUGAGAGAACAAGAUGAGGUGAUGGUGGAUCAUGAUGUUUUUAAGGAGAAAGAGACAGCGAUAGAGAGAGAGUUUCAGCGCGUCACCAUCUCUGGAGAGGAGAAGUGUGGGGUGCCAUUUUCUGACCUGGCUGAAUCAGCAGUGUGUAUCAUUAAGGCGUUGUUUAUUAGACAGAAGUACAUGUGUCUGUCAGUGCAGGAUUUCUGCAGCACCACCACCCGUCUUCUGCAGCAGCUCUCUCAUGCACACACACACACAGAACAGCACUGUAGCUUCAACGAGGACAUGCCUGAUAGUGGAGAUGCCUUGAUGCCCCCCCCAGUGUCAGAGACACAUCCGUAUGAGGGGCAGGAGGGUACCACGCUGCCCCCUGACCUCGGCUACAGCUGCAGCAUGGAGCACGGUGUUGUGCACAUCUACACCUCCCACACACACAGUACAGAGUUGGACCUUUCGUAUCCCGACCUGCAGGAGUUUAUCACUGAUAUGAACUUUAUGAUGGCGCUUAUCAUCAAUGGCCCAGUAAAGUCUUUUUGUUACCGGCGGCUGCAGUACCUCAGCUCGAAGUUCCAGAUGCACAUCCUGCUGAAUGAAAUGAAGGAACUUGCUGCUCAGAAACAGGUUCCUCAUCGAGACUUCUACAACAUUCGCAAGGUAGAUACACACAUCCAUGCGUCAUCCUGUAUGAAUCAGAAACACCUGCUGCGCUUUAUAAAGCGAGCGAUGAAGAAGUACCCUAACGAGGUGGUGCACAUGGAGGGUGGGCGUGGCCAAACACUGACUGAGGUCUUCCAGAACAUGAACCUGACGGCGUAUGACCUGAGCGUCGACACACUUGACAUGCAUGCGGACCGGAAUACCUUUCAUCGAUUUGAUAAGUUUAACUCAAAGUACAACCCAAUUGGAGAGUCAAUACUGCGAGAGAUCUUCAUCAAAACCGACAAUCACAUCCAGGGCAAAUACUUUGCCCACAUCGUCAAGGAAGUGAUGUCAGACCUAGAAGAGAGUAAGUACCAGAAUGCCGAGCUGCGUCUGUCUAUUUACGGACGAUCGAGGGACGAGUGGGACAAACUGGCUGAAUGGGCCGUCACACACUCCGUCUACUCACACAAUGUCCGCUGGCUCAUCCAGAUCCCACGCCUGUAUGAUGUGUACCGCAGUAAGAGACAGUUGAUGAAUUUCCAGCAGAUGUUGGAGAACAUCUUUCUGCCACUGUUUGAGGUGACAAUCAGCCCACACACACAUCCAAAGCUGCACCUGUUCCUGCAGCAUGUGGUGGGCUUUGACAGUGUUGAUGAUGAGUCGAAACCGGAGCACCAUGUGUUCAGCUUGGACAGCCCUCGACCUGAUAACUGGACUGAGGAGGAGAACCCCCCGUACUCCUAUUACUUGUACUACACCUAUGCUAACAUGACCGUACUGAACCACCUGCGCAGGAGGCGGGGCUUCCACACUUUUGUGCUGCGACCUCACUGCGGAGAGGCGGGGCCUAUUCAUCACCUGGUGUCUGGAUUCAUGCUGUCGGCCAACAUCUCACACGGCCUGAUGCUCAGGAAGGCCCCUGUGCUGCAGUACCUGUAUUACCUGGCGCAGGUGGGCAUCGCCAUGUCACCCCUCAGCAACAACAGUCUGUUUCUCAGUUACCAUAAAAACCCGUUGCACGAGUACCUGUCACGCGGCCUCGUGGUCUCUCUCUCCACCGAUGAUCCGCUGCAGUUCCACUUCACCAAGCCAUGGUGGCCAUGCCAGACCCUAGUGAGGGCGACUUUGGUGACUUCAGCUUUGUGGAAAUAUGAACACACAGAGAGGUGCAAAUAAAACCGCUCCCAAUAAAACCAUAAAACUCGUGAUGAUAGAAAUGAAAGCUGAGAGAGAACCUGUGUCAACACAGAGCCACUGCACAGUGCUCUUUCACUCCUUCACCUUAUCAGUCUGCAUUAUUCUGCCAAACGCUGGUAAAGACUGUGUUCAUACCGAACACUGAAUGAAGAUAAAAUAUUAGAAUUAAAUAAUACUAAACAAUAAUAAUACUAAUGGGUUGAAUUGUCCAGUCCUUCAGCAGUAACGUUUAUUGAUAGCCUGCUCUGUGUAGUGCCUCAGAAUGCUGCGCAGACUGAAACAUACUGACCGUAGUUUUAAACCGGGGCUAAUCUGCUGUAAGGUGACUGGGCGGGGCUAAUCUGCUGUAAAGUGACUGGGCGGGGCUAAUCUGCUGUAAAGUGACUGGGCGGGGCUAAUCUGCUGUAAAGUGACUGGGCGGGGCUAAUCUGCUGUAAAGUGACUGGGCGGGGCUAAUCUGCUAUAGAGUGACUGGGUGCCACCUAUAGUGUGCCACCUUUGGGUGUAAUAAUGAAAUGCAAGAGAAAUAAACAGUAAACAAGCUGGAGACUCUGAACUGUCUUAAAGCCAAAAACUGACUAGCACCACUAGUGCUAGAACAUGGAGAACAUGAAUGUGGAGUUAAAGUGUGUGUGUG